UGCAGCUCGUGGCGUGGGCAGUCACGAUCGGUCAUGUGGAAUCCUUUAAGAAGCUGGUCGUCCGCAGAAUGCAGACAUUCACCAACAUGAGGCUCACCUUCGCCCUUAUCCCCUGCCUGUUGGUGGUGUUAGCGUUUCACCCAACCCACCAAGCGAAUGAUCCGCUCGCAGUGCCGUGGGCAAGCAAGCAGGGUCUCCUCAAGAGCUGCAUCGCUUCCUCCCAGGCCGUCACACACUUCCCCCAGAAUGUAAUCAACGACUACAACAACUGCCACACCGCCCUGCUGCGAAGCUACGCCAACCGCCACCAGACGCUGCUCCUGACCGGCUACGUGUCGGGCAUGAUCGAGUGCGGCAGGGCCACCGCCUCCUGGCAGCUCGGCUCUUUGGUUGGCGACGUCAUGCUUUGCGUGGCUCUGGCCAUGGCCGCCGGCUAACAAUCCGAUACUUGGCAACCUCAUUCCGUGGCCAUACUUCUCAGGCUUACCCUGUGGCGGUGGGCUUUUCUUCGAAUUGUUAAAUAAAUGAAUAAUUUGUAAAAGUU